AUGCUGCAGCGACUUUGGCCAUUGGCCGCGCGAGCGUACGCGACAAAGGCGCCGCGAAUUGUCGCUGUGGAGGAGGGUUUAGAUCGGCUAUUGAAGGUGCAGUGGGAUGAUGGCCAAGAGGGGCGAUUUCCGCUGGUUUGGUUGCGAGAUUGCUCGCCGGACCCGAUCACCUACACGUUCUCGCCGGCGAUGACAGCCCGGAAUUUUUGGAUGCGCGACUUUGACGUUCGCCCUUCGAUCAAGGAGCUGCAGCCAACCGAAGACGGCACAUCUAUUUUGAUCGAGUGGGAUGGCGGUCAUAUGAGCCGCUUCACCUCCGAUUGGCUUCGACUACGCAAUCCGCUCGACGAGCAAGCAAAGCAGCAUAGAAGAAAAUUCUACCUAUUCCCUGAAGACACCUGGGAUCGUGCGACCAUCGAGAAGCGGCUAAAGACGUUCGAUUUUGGCGAAAUGUUGAAAGAUGACAACGUGCUUCACGAUUUCCUGGAGGCCGUUUGCCUCGACGGGAUCGCAAAGCUGACGAACGGCCCGGGACGCGGCGCCGUCGAGCAGAUUGGCCAGCGAAUUUUGCUCAUCCAUCGAACGCAUUUCGGAAAACUGCCGUUUCACACCGAUUUUCCAUCGCUAGCCGAUCCGCCGCAGCUCCAAAUGCUGCACAUGGUCACGCGGGCGGCCGAGGGUGGAAAUAGCCUGUUCUGCGACGGGUUCCACAUCGCAAAGCUGUUGCGGGAGCGGCAUCCGGACGUCUUCGAGACGUUGUGUAAUUACACGACCGAGUAUAUUGAAGAGGGCUUUGACGUGCACGCCGGUGACGACGGCCAACCGAAGAAUUUUCCCUUCAAAAUGGCCGCCCGGCACUCGGUGUUCAAAAGAAACGCCGCCGGGGAAGUGGUGCAGGUGCAGUUCGGAAACGCGAUGCGCUCGUGGUUCUACGACUGCCCGCCGGAAGACGUGCAGAAGAUCUACGACGCAAUGAAGCUGUUCACCAAGUACUGCUACGAGCCGGAGAACAUUUUGAAGUUCCAGCUGCAAGACGGCGAAACCGUCCUAUGGGCAAAUAAGCGGCUUCUGCACACCCGCGACAAUUUCCGAAAUUCGGAGGGAUCGGCUCGAACGCUGGAGGGCUGCUACUUCUCCUGGGAUAUCAUAAAAUCGCGCGUCCGGCAAAUUCGAGCCCAGCUCCGCCGGCCCGAAGAUCAGCCCUCCGCU